CAACUAUUGAGCGAUGAAUUUCUCAGUCGAUGGCAACGUCACACACGUCUCUCUCAACGUCAGAGACACGUUUGUCACGGCUUUGACAAAGAACAUUAUUGUGGUGGCGCUGUGGAUCUCCAUCAACUACAUCAAUGGCACAUUUGUCCACACCUUCUUGAAACACGAGACCUUCAAUGUCAACCCUCGCUACAUCCUCUUCAUCCACCUGGUGAUCAAUGACAUGAUCCAAUUGACCAUUGCUGUCUUCCUGCAUGUCAUAAGUUACAUCCUGUUCACAAUCAAUGUGUCUUUAUGCUGCUUUCUUUUGAUGAUCGCCAUUUUUACCACUUUGAAUACUCCUGUGAACCUGGCUACCAUGGCCAUAGAGCGCUAUAUAGCUAUAUGUAUACCGCUGCGCCAUUCUCAGAUAUGUACAGUGCGCAGGACCUACAUUCUCAUUGGCAUCAUUUGGAUCAUGGCCACGAUUCCAAUUUUACCUGACCUUUUCAUUCUCUUGGCCACAGAACCACUUCAGUUCUUCCACUCCAAAAUAUUCUGUAGCCGAGACUCACUUUUCCGCAACCCGUACCUGAUAGAGAAGAAAAACAUUUCCCACGCUGUGUAUCUGACUGUUGUUUGGUUCACUCUUUUCUAUACGUAUUUCAGGAUCAUGUUCACUGCCAAGGCGGCUAAUGCGGAUGCCAGGAAGGCUCGCAACACCAUCUUGCUUCAUGCUGUACAGUUGUUAAUGUGCAUGUUCACCUACAUAGGCCCUUUGAUUGACAGCCUGAUGCUAUAUAUAUUUUCCACACAUGCGCUGGAGAUCCGGUUUACUAGCUAUGUAAUUGUUCAUAUUUUGCCCAGGCUUAUUAGUCCAAUAGUUUAUGGGCUUAGAGAUCAGACCUUUUGUAAGUAUCUGAAGAGGUACCUGUGUCGGGUGAAUGAGCAUUUAUCCUCAAAAUGUGUCCCUCUCAAACACCACCAGCCAAGGGAAAAGGUCUUUAUAGAUCACAUAGCAUGAUAAUUCUUCUCCAUGUGUAUAUACUCUAUAUUUUCAGUGGUUUAUUUUGAAAGGUGUGUAAGUAAAUUCAUUUUCUCACGAUAUAUAUAAAUAUAUGUAUAUAUAUAUAUGUUUGUGUGUGUAUAUAUAUAUAAAUAUAUAUAUAGAGAGAUAAAGGGUUUUAUUGUUCUUCACCAAAUAAUUAUGGCAGCAAGCUGAAUUGUAAUGAAAAUGUGGAAGAAAAAAUGUGUAAUUCAAUAUCUAUCUAUCCACUGAGUGUAAAAAAAAACCAUUAAGGACACCUGCUCUUUCCAUGAGACUGACCAGGUGAAUCCAGAUGAAAGCUAUGAUCCCUUAUUGAUGUCACUUGUUAAAUCCCCUUCAUUGUAGAUAAAGGGAGGAAACAGAUUAAAGAAGAAUUUGUAAGCUUUGAGACAAUUGAGACAUGGAUUGUCUGUGUGCCAUUCAGAGGGUGAAUGGGCAAGACAAAAGAUUUAAGUGCCUUUGAACGGGGUAUGGUAGUAAAGUGCCAGGCACACCGGUUUGUGUCAACUGCAAUGCUGCUAGGUUCUUAAUGCUUAACAGUUUCCUGUGUGUAUUAAGAAUGGCCCACCACCCAAAUGACAUCCAGCCAACUUGACAACUGUGGGAAGCAUUGGAGUCAACAUUGGCAGGCAUCCCUGUAGAAUGCUGUUGACGAAUUGAGACUGUUCUGAGGGCAAAAGGGGGGCUCUAACUCAACAUUAGGAAGGUGUCCUUAAUGUUUUGUACACUCAGAAUGUAUGCAUGUAUACACACCAGUGCCUUCAGAAAGUUCACACCCCUUGACUUUUUCUUCCACAUUUUGUUGUGUUAUUCUGAAUUUAAAAUGGCUUUAAAAAUGUUUUGAUUGUGUCACUGAUAAAAAAUAAAAAUGUAAAAAA